AUGGGCAACGCACACUGGCACGAGUCGCAAGAGAAGGCAUUGAUCACUGCUCUUCAUGAACAGAAGAAGGCCUCUCGGCAAAGUGGGCAAGGCUUCAAACCCAGCUCAUUUGACGCCGUCGCAAAGACUGUCACUGCAGUAUACCCAAAAGAGCCUCUCAAUGCCUGUCAAGUCAAGACAAAGGUCAAAUAUUUCAAGAAGCCGUUCACCAAGUAUCAGUUUGUUCAAGGGAAGAGCAGUGUCUCCUUCAAUGACAACACAGGAAUUGCAAGUGACAACACGGCAGAGUUUGUGGAAGGCUUUCUUCUGACAUAUGGUAAGGACAAGUACGCCAAGUGCUUCAGGCAACCUUGUCCCUUUUGGCGGGACCUUUGUGAAAUCUACAACGGUGGAAGUGACCGUGCCAUGGGAGAACAUGUGAUGCACUUUGGAAAUGGCCCCGCACACACAAUUCUUGACGACAUCAGCACCCGUGCAGCCUCCAAGUCAAACCACUUGCAACGCGUCCUAGCUAGCCCUCCUUCCACCGUUACUAUAUCCGACAACAAGGUCCCCAUGGCCAACAGCACCCCUGGCUCUCCUUCCCCGAAGCCUGCAAAGGCUGCGAAGGACAAGCCCUCCAGCCGGCCCAAGGAGAAGAGCAAGGGAAAGGGAAAGAAGGGAUCGGUGAAGGAGACGAAGCAUGACCAAAGUUUUGAUGAUGAGUUGAGCAUAGCACGUAGUUCUGGAAAGUGCACAUGUGCAGACACAGAUGACGAGGAAGAUGAUUUUCUUGCUACCACCUCCCGCCGCCGCCGCCAAAGUUCCCAGUUGGACGUUGCCAAAUCAAUCACGGCCCUGUCCAUUGCCAUUGCAAAGCCCAUGUCUGAUGACCUUUCACAUGUUGAUCAAGUGAUGAAGAUCUUGAAGGACAAGACUCUGCUUCCCCCAGAUCCCCACGGCCACUUCUUCGCUGCUGCCACCAAUGCUCUCUGUCGCAAGCCAGCUAUUGCCUGUGCUUUUUUUAUUGAGGAUGACCCUGUUUGUCGUCGCGGGAUUGUGACGGGUCUCCUGCUUGCUGCUGGGAUUUCUGUGCCUGAGCCUGAGCAGAUUAACUAG